AUGAAUCGUAUUUGUUUAUUUGAUCUAUUACCAAUUGAAUUAUUGCAUAUCUUAUUUAAUUAUUUUUGGGCACAUGAAAUUCUUUAUACAUUUUCUGAUGUUAGCGAUUAUAUGAAUGCUGUUCUACGUACAUAUUCUACUUAUCGAUUAGAUUUAAAAUCAAUUGAAAUAUUUCAUUUUAAUCUUAUUUGUCGUCUUAUUCGAGCUGAACAAGUUAUUUAUCUUAGAUUUUCUGAUGAUAAUAAUACACCAGGUCUUUCCGAACAAUUCUUAUCUCAUUUUCAAAUUGAACAUUUCACUCAAAUUCGAUCAUUAGUACUAGAUGCAAUUGAAAUAACUUCAUUAGAAUCUAUUUUUUCUAAUCUACAUAGACUUGAUCAAUUACAUUCACUUUCAUAUAAUAGCAGUAUGAUUAGAUAUGUCAAUCGAGGAGAAAGAACUGAUCGCUCAAAUGAAAUUAAUCGAAUAUUAAGAAACGUACGUGAAAGUUAUAUGUUAAUAGCACCGCAAUUAACUCAUUUACAUUUAAGAAAAAGUAUUCUAACAAAAACCAUCCAGUUUCCAAGUCUUCUUCGAUUAAAAUUAGAAAAAUGUUCAAUGAAAGAUCUUAGAAUAAUAUUUCUUCAUGCACCAUUACUUAAAUCACUUGAUGUGUCUAUUCAAAAUGAAGAACCAACUUGUGAUUUUAUUUUAAAAUCAAUACAAUUUACACGAUUACAUAUGAAAGUGAAAAACAUUUUAUUAUCAAUGGAUAUUAUGGAACAGUUUAUAUUGAAAUUUCCAAAUCUUAAAUAUUUAACCCUUGAAAUUCAUGGCCAAUAUGAUAUUGUUAAUGCCCAACGAUGGGAAAAAUUAACUAGUAAUUUUAUUACAUUCAAUUUUAAAUUUUUUCUACUUAAUUCUUCAUAUUCAAAUCUUAAUUCAUUUCGAACAUCAUUUUGGCUUGAAGAAAAACAUUGGUUUAUAGCAUCAGAUUCCAAUUCGAUAUUUUCAGUACCAUAUUUUGCUCCAUUAGAAAUGACUCUUCCUGGUUAUUUAUUUCUUGAUUGUAAUAUAUCUGAUAAUCAUAUAUUGUAUGAUAAAAUUACUAAACUUAUUAUAAAUGAUAUUCCAGAUAACAAAAGUGACUAUCGAUUUCUUCAUAUUAAAGCUUUAGAUUUUAAAAGUUUAAUCUCACUUGAAAGUCUCUUAUCUAUUAUUAAUCUAAAUCAAAUAGAAUACUUAUCUAUACCAUCGAUACAAGAUAUAUUAAUAUUUAAUUCGUACCUAUCAAUAAUGCCUAAACUUUUUAGUUUAACAAUAUUAUUACCAAUAACAGCUGAACGAAUGGAAGAAAUGCAAAAUUAUCAAUUUAAACAAAUUCAUAAUUUAACAAUUUAUCUUAGUUAUAAGAAUACGAAAUAUAUUAUUGAAAGUUUAUUUCGUUUAUUUCCACAUACGAAACGUAUUGUAUGUACGACACAUUUAAAAUCUUUAGAUAAUAUAAUUCGUAUAGUACAUGGUUUUCAAGAUUUAACACAUGCAUCAUUUUAUUCGAAUUGUUUAUUUUCAACAAGAGAAAAUACUUAUUGUUUUGAUACAAAAUUAAAUCUUUGUGAAAAACGAAUAUUUACAAGUCGAAUUUAUUCUUUAACAAAUUAUGUAUCAAAAUAUAAUAUUAAUAUAUGGUUAAAAGAUGAAGUUGUUUCUCCAAAAAAAUAUUGGUCAUUACCACGAGUAUAUUAUUGGUAUCGAUUAAAAUAUAUUCUAUUAUCAAAUUUUACUUUUAAUAUUGUUUUAGUUCAAGCUGUAAAUUUUUUUCUUAUUGAAUAUAAAAAUAUAAUUAACUCUCGAAUUAAUAUUGAAUUAAUAUCGAAUUUAUUUCUUAUGUUUUCUUUUUGUAUACUUUUAUUAAUUAUUUUUACUAAAAUUACUCGUUAUUUUUCAUCAGCUACUAAAAUUUGGAUUUUAAAUGUAAUUGCUUUAUAUUAUAUUAUUUAUAUUUUGAAAAAAAGUCUUAUUUUUAUUAUGACUUUAUUAUAUAAAAAAAAUAUUAAAUAA